AUGGCCUCUUCUGCCUCCAGUGGGCAGCUUCCGGGGACGCUUCUCUGCGAUCCUGACCUCGGCGGCCAGGUCCGCCAGCCCCGAGCCGCCGAGUCACACGCGCUUUCCGCCUACCCCGAGCGUCGCAGGCGUGCGCCACGCGCGGCGGGCUCCUCUCCCCUCUGGACCCUGACGUCCCUCCCUUCUGCCUCCUUGGGCGCGCCUGGGCCCCGCGGUGUAGCGGGAGUGACCGAGGAGGCGUCUCUUCGUUCUUUCGGCUCCACGUGUCCAGGUCUCUCAAAACGGGCCCAGAUCUUCCAGUAUUCGCUCCCGCCUCCGUCUCCCCUGCCCUCCUCCCCAGAGCUGGCUCAUUACUCUCGUUCGUCCGCCCGCCAGUGGCUGCAUUCCGGCGCCAGCUCUCGAGAGAUGCUCAACGCCCGGUGCCGGGUGCCCGAGCUACGGGACCGGCAAGGGCGGACUUUGUCCUCCGCGCGGGGAAGCCGGCGUUCCGGGGCACGUGCUCUGUCUGGGCUGGCUGCCGCGAAGUCUGCCUUGCCCAGGGCACUGGUGCGAACCCCGCGCUCCCCACCCGUGGUCCAAGAAGGAGCCAAGGCCCGGCUCCAGGGAGCAGACCUGGGCUCCGGCCAAGUUCUUCCACCCGUUGGAUCCGGUCAGGAUGUGCUCAGAUUGUCCUGGGAGGACAGCCGACUUGAGAAACAUGGCAGACAUCCGAACAAGAGCCCUGACAGAGAGCUGCAGGCAGGCAAGCCAAUUUUUUCAGUUGAUAUUCAUCCCGAUGGGACCAAGUUCGCAACUGGAGGACAAGGGCAGGAUUCUGGGAAGGUUGUGAUCUGGAAUAUGUCUCCAGUCCUCCAGGAGGAUGAUGAGAAGGAUGAAAAUAUUCCCAAGAUGCUUUGCCAGAUGGACAAUCACUUAGCAUGUGUGAACUGUGUGCGGUGGUCAAACAGUGGGAUGUAUUUAGCUUCUGGGGGAGAUGACAAACUGAUUAUGGUGUGGAAGCGGGCUACGUAUAUUGGACCCAGCACUGUGUUUGGAUCCAGUGGUAAGCUUGCCAAUGUGGAGCAGUGGCGUUGUGUCUCUAUCCUCCGAAGUCACUCAGGUGAUGUAAUGGAUGUAGCAUGGUCUCCCCAUGAUGCCUGGCUAGCCUCAUGCAGCGUGGAUAACACUGUCGUCAUCUGGAACGCCGUGAAGUUCCCAGAAAUUCUUGCAACUCUGAGAGGUCAUUCUGGUUUGGUGAAGGGGUUGACUUGGGACCCUGUUGGUAAAUAUAUUGCCUCUCAAGCUGACGACCGCAGCCUGAAGGUGUGGAGAACACUGGACUGGCAGUUAGAGACCAGCAUCACCAAGCCUUUUGAUGAGUGUGGUGGGACAACCCAUGUGCUGCGGCUCAGCUGGUCACCUGAUGGGCAUUACUUGGUAUCUGCCCAUGCCAUGAACAACUCUGGCCCCACUGCCCAGAUCAUUGAACGGGAAGGAUGGAAAACUAACAUGGACUUCGUGGGGCACCGGAAAGCUGUGACUGUUGUGAAAUUCAACCCAAAAAUAUUCAAAAAGAAGCAGAAGAAUGGGAGUUCUACAAAGCCCAGCUGCCCAUACUGCUGCUGUGCUGUUGGCAGCAAGGACCGCUCGCUCUCUGUCUGGCUCACGUGUCUGAAACGGCCUCUGGUUGUCAUCCAUGAGCUGUUUGACAAAUCCAUUAUGGAUAUAUCUUGGACUCUGAAUGGGCUGGGUAUCCUGGUAUGUUCUAUGGAUGGUUCUGUGGCAUUCCUCGACUUCUCCCAAGAUGAGCUUGGAGACCCCCUAAGUGAGGAAGAAAAGAGCCGCAUUCACCAGUCGACCUAUGGCAAAAGCCUGGCCAUCAUGACCGAGGCUCAGCUCUCCACUGCUGUCAUCGAGAACCCUGAGAUGCUCAAGUAUCAACGGAGGCAGCAACAGCAGCAGCUGGACCAAAAAGGCGCCACAGCCAGAGAGACGGCCUCAGCCUCCUCAGUCACAGGUGUUGUUAAUGGAGAAAGUCUGGAAGACAUCAGGAAGAAUCUUUUGAAGAAACAAGUUGAGACUCGGACAGCAGAUGGUCGGAGAAGAAUCACACCUCUCUGCAUAGCACAGCUGGACACUGGGGACUUCUCCACCGCCUUCUUUAACAGCAUCCCGCUCUCAGGCUCUCUCGCGGGCACCAUGCUAUCUUCUCAUAGUCAGCAGCUACUGCCCCUGGACCCCAGUACCCCCAACUCCUUCGGCGCCUCGAAGUCUUGCACAGAGCCUGUGGCAGCCACCAGUGCCAGACCUGCAGGCGAGUCUGUCAGUAAGGACAGUAUGAAUACUACCUCUACUCCUGCUGCAUUGUCACCUUCUGUGUUAACGACCCCAUCCAAGAUUGAGCCCAUGAAAGCAUUUGACUCCCGAUUCACAGAGCGUUCCAAAGCCACACCAGGUGCUCCUUCCUUGACCAGUGUGACUUCAGCAGCUGUAGAAAGGUUGAAAGAGCAGAACCUUGUAAAAGAGCUGAGGCCCCGGGACCUUUUGGAAAGCAGCAGUGACAGCGAUGAAAAGGUCCCUUUGACCAAGCCUUCCUCACUGUCCAAGCGCAAACUUGAGCUCGAGGUAGAAACAGUGGAAAAGAAGAAGAAAGGGCGCCCUAGGAAAGAUUCCCGCCUGCUGCCCAUGUCUCUCUCUGUCCAGUCCCCAGCUGCCCUAACUGCGGAAAAAGAGGCCUUGUGUCUGUCUGCACCAGCACUUGCACUGAAGCUGCCGAUUCCAGGCCCUCAGAGAGCAUUCACCCUCCAGGUGAGCUCUGACCCUUCCAUGUACAUCGAGGUGGAGAAUGAAGUGACCGCUGUUGGGGGGGUGAAGCUGAGCCGCCUGAAGUGCACCCGGGAAGGGAAGGAGUGGGAGACAGUGCUCACCAGCCGGAUCCUCACUGCCGCUGGCAGCUGCGACGUGGUGUGUGUCGCCUGUGAGAAGAGGACGCUGUCGGUCUUCUCCACCUGUGGCCGCCGCCUGCUCCCUCCCAUCCUCCUGCCGUCCCCCAUCUCUACUCUGCACUGCACAGGCUCCUACGUCAUGGCGCUCACGGCUGCAGCCACACUGUCUGUCUGGGAUGUUCACAGGCAAGUGGUUGUGGUGAAAGAAGAGUCUCUACACUCCAUCUUGGCAGGAAGUGAUAUGACAGUAUCACAGAUCUUGCUGACACAGCACGGAAUCCCAGUGAUGAACCUGUCUGAUGGGAAGGCGUACUGCUUUAAUCCGUCACUCUCUACGUGGAACCUGGUUUCUGACAAGCAAGACUCAUUGGCCCAGUGUGCAGACUUUAGGAGCAGCUUGCCAUCCCAGGACGCCAUGCUGUGCUCAGGACCGUUAGCCAUAAUCCAGGGCCGCACCUCCAACUCUGGGAGGCAAGCUGCCCGGCUCUUCUCCGUGCCUCACGUGGUACAGCAGGAGACCACACUGGCCUACCUAGAGAACCAGGUUGCAGCAGCACUCACUCUGCAGUCCAGCCAUGAGUACCGCCAUUGGCUCCUCCUCUACGCACGGUACCUUGUCAACGAAGGGUUUGAAUACCGACUCCGAGAAAUAUGCAAGGACUUACUGGGUCCCGUUCACUGCUCCACUGGAAGCCAGUGGGAGUCAACAGUAGUGGGUCUGCGGAAGAGGGAGUUGCUGAAGGAGCUGCUGCCAGUCAUCGGGCAGAACCUCCGUUUCCAGCGUCUCUUCACCGAGUAUCAGGAGCAGCUCGACAUCCUGAGAGACAAGUAGCCUUCUCUGGCUCGCCUGUGCUGCAGCAAGAGCAGGGCCGCACUCCCACCAUUCAUGAUGCCCGGAGCCACCUGUUACCUGGCCGGCUGCA